AAGAUGAAAAACAAAACAAACAACCUGAUGGGACUUUAAAGUGGUUAUAAAGGCUCAGUGUUUUUUACCUUCAUGCAUUCUAUGCAUGAAGGUAAAAAUAUUCUGUGUGCAGCACAGGGGUGGACUGACUAUUUGGAAACUCAGGCACUGCCCGAGGGCCCGGGGUCAGUAGGGGGCCCCAUGAGAUGCUCCUGGUACCUUUUUCAUAGGCUUUUUUGAGUUUGGGCAAGGACACGGGCCCCAUGAUCCCCUAUUGCCCGGGGGCCCCAUGAGUUGUCAGUCCGCCCCUGUCUAUGUUCAUCAU